GGUUGGCGCCCGCGCCGUUUUUGAAGAAGAAGAAGAUGAGCGAGAGUGAGGAUAACGGCUCCACCUCCACUGCUGUUGCUGUGGGAGGUGCAGGAGAGCAUGGCGAGCAUGGCGAGCUGGACGCUGUGGCGCGCAUCGCUGCCUUUGAUGUGGACGCCCUGUUUGCGUCGCACUCUGGGACAGCGGUGAGCGGGUCGCAGACCUCGCUUCCGGCGCUGUUCUCGCCAGAACGCUCGCUCUCGGCGUCCCUUGCUUCAACGCUCUCGGCGGCGUCAUCUUCCUCGUCGCUGAACAUCGCCACGCCUGGGCGUUCUUCGGGCCACCCAGCCACUGCCAGCGCAGGUGCACGCGUGCAGCGUGAAGGCUAUCCUCGCAGCCAUCGACGCAGGAACCAGCCGCGGCAACAGCAAGGCAGGCGCGAGGAAGAGCUGGUGGCCCAAUGGCAGGAGCGGUGGCAGUCAAACAACGACCAGCACAGCACAACACGCCAGCGAGCUGAUGUGGACGGACUGCGGCGUAACUAUGAAGCACAAGUGCAUGAACUCGAAGACCUCUUACAAAGCACCCGCCUGGAUCUCAUUCAACUCCGGCAGUCUGCGCAUGCGCGGGAAGACCAACUCAACCACCGCAUCCACAAUCUCAGUGAUGAGCUGGAGAGCUAUGCCGCAGAGAACAGGCGCCUGCAGUCCAAGAUCUCGGAGGAACGCAAGCAAUGGCAGCAUGCAGUCGACGAGGCAACACAGCGUUUCGACAACGACCGUCAGCAAAUUGAGCAGGAGCGAGAACGGCUUCGAGUGCAGGUGGCGGAGCUGUCGACUGCGCUUGAGACCAGCAGGCAGGAGGCGGCAAGUGCAAACGCAGCCAUCACGCGCCUUAAGAAGCAGGACGCGCGCCUCGGCCGCAUCUCGCAGCUAGAGGAGGAUCUGCAGACGUACCACGUCGAGAUGACAGCAAUGAAAUCAGCCCUUGAUCGCCUCACAGAUGAAUACACGACGAUUGAUCGCGAGCACGCAGCGCUGCAGAAACGCCAUCAACAGGCGACGCACGACAACAAACUGCUCACCCAGGACAAGACCUAUCUCGAGAAGCAGCUUGCGCGGGAGCAGAACACGGUCUCCAUCCUCAACUCUCAGUUGAGUGAUUUGCAGGUGAAGCUGCGGUCGUCGGAAGCGAAGACGCGCGAGGCUAAACUUCAACUCGACACACAACUAGCGGAGCAGCGGCGGCAGUUGGAGGAGAAUGUCGCCACCCAGCUGGCCGAAAUGAAACGCAAGAACGACGAGGAAAUGGACAACAUCAAACGUUCCAAUGAGUCUGUGCAACUCCGCGAACUGGACAUGAUGCGGCGUGAUCGCGAGCAGGCGAUGCAUGCACAUGCCGUCGCCCAGGCCAAGCUGCAGGCAUUGGAGCGGAAACAUGUGGAGGAAGUGGACAACUUGAAGAAUCAAAUUCGCGACCUGGAAUCGCAGUUGACAAACACACACGCAGAGGGAAAACUCAAGUCGUUUGAACACGACCGCACAACGCUGCUGCUGGAGGAGAAACAGCAGCAAGUGCAAUCGCUGGAGAUGAAAGUGGAUCGGUUGCAGCAGGAAUGCAAAGUUGUGCGUGAGGAGUAUCAACGACUGGAAGUGGACUCGCAGCAGCGCAUCGCAACGCUGCGCGCGCAGCUCGAUGACGCAACGACGAAGAUCAAUGCGUUCACCAAGCUGGAAGACGAAUUGGAUCAAGUGGUGAUGGCGGCAGCAGAGUCAUCCGAUCCGCACAAGGUGUUCCUGUCGUUUGGAUACGGGCGAAACACGCAGCGCCGCGUGCAGAAGACAGUCGACCUCGCAAGACAGGUGCUGGAAGCGCGGAGGGCACAGGCCGAAGCGCAGGAGCGUGAGAAGCAGCUCAGAAGUGACUUGGCAGAAACGCAGCAGCAGCUGCGCGAUGCACAAGCGCUCGUCAACAACGCCUCGCAGCCCCUCUCCUAUUUCUUACACAUGCUGGAAGAGAAGGACGAGCGACUUCGAGAGGAGAGGGCGCGCGUGGAGGCGCUGGAGCAAGAGCGUGUGCAGUUGGAGCAAACGCAGCAGCAGCUGAUACGGGAGCGCGACGCCUUGAACCGCCACGCUGUCAUUGGGAAGCGCCACGCACAGCACUUGCGCAAUCUGCGGGCGAAUUUCAAGGACAUGCUGUCGCAACUUCAAGAUCAAGGGGAGACAUCACUGGCAACAACACUGACACAAAUGCUGCGCGCACAGGCGAGUAGCGCUGGCGGCAGCAGCGGCCAUCGCACGAGUCGCAGUGGGCCGGCCCCAGUGCUCGUCCACAACAGAGCAGCAGCGAGGAGCACGUAGUGGAAUGCAGCACACACACACACACACGCACGCAGGCAUGAGCAUAUGCACAUGUUCGUAAUUCAACAGGCAUUUCCUUCAACUUUGGUGUGUGCACCACGUCAACGUCGUCGCGAUGAUAUUACAGAUUGUUUACUCGAAACUGUC